AUGCAGAACACGAUGUCACAAAAACAAGAUCGGAUUAACGAGGUUCUCGCAGAGCGCAUUUCUCAACUGGAGAACGAGCUGCAUUCUGCGCUAGGUGGAAAGGAGCUCGCAGAGCAGGAGACAAGACUCGUGAAGGAUGAAGCGUACGAGGUUGUUGGCCAGUGGAGCGCGGAAAACUCAGAGCUGCGUCGCAAGCUUUCCACUCUAGAAGAGAGCUACGCAACCGCACAGGCAACUCUGAAGAAUCGCGAAGACACUGUUGCAUGCCUGAAAGAAGAGCUUGGAGUGGCGCAACAGCUCUCAACACAAUACUCCUCUGAAAUUGAGCAACUGCACAAAGAAAACGCAGAUCUGCUGAAGAAAAAUGAAGAGCUGAACAGGAGUCUCUCUGCCGCGCAAUGCGCGGUAGCUUCCUCCGGACAGCAGAUCGGUGACCUGGAGCGCCUUGUCUCAAAAUUUGAAGCAGAACUGAAAGACCUGGUUGCUGCACGAGGUAGAGAUGAACAAACAAUCGAUGACCUUCGCAAGUCUCUCGCCUCUGCUGCGAACGAGAACCGUGUUUUACGCCAAGCUGGAGAAGACGUGUCUUCCAGUACUGGGAAGCUUCUGGAGCGGGUCAACAAACUCAAAGACGAGAACGACUCUUUGAACCGUAUCCGCGAUCGACUUUCCAGCGAUUUAGAAAGCUUUGAGAUACAAGCACGCAAAGCAGAGCAAGACGCAAAGCAACAGAGCGAGCAAAUUGAGCGCCUUUCGUCUGAUUUGGCUGCAGCAUCUUCGGAAGUACAGAUGCUUAACACUGUGAACGAGGAUCUCCAGAGAAAACUGGAUGAUGCUUCUCUUUCGACGCAUGUCUUGGAAACGGCAACAUCGCAGCAGCUUGAUCUUAUUCGGAAUUUAGAAAAUGACAUUCAAGAAAUGAAGGACGCCGCCAUCACCACUCAGAAAGUGAUCGACGACUUACAGGCGGAACUUGACUAUUCGAAGCAGCAGGUGGAAGAUCUUGCGAAGGAAAAAGAGGACCUCGAGACGGAAUUCUCGACCGUGAAGGAAUGGUACUCGAACGUUCUUCUUGAGUUCGACGACCACAAGAGAGAAAACGCCACAACCGUCGCGGCAAUGAAAAACGAGUACGACCUGGCCGAGAAAAAGUUUGCCGAGCGCUUGUUGCUUAUGCAACAGAACUACACCGCUGCCUGGUCGUCCGUUCAGGAUUUGAGUGGUGCUCUUCACGCGCAGCAGAGCUCCGAAUUUACGAAGAAAGAGCAAAUUGUGCGCCACACAAUUCUGCUUGAGCAGCAGGUGAGUUGGACGAGCGUGCUGGAGCAACAUUGCUAUAUGGUAAGUCAACACCUUUACAAAGCCUUAACCACAAUUGAAAGCACGGAAUCACGCCUUAGCAACGUUGAGCAGGCUGCGGCCCGAAACGCUGAACAGCUGGAAACAGUUUUAAGCCGGUACCGUGCAAGCGAGCAGACUUUGUCAGAGCAGCGCAAGGCAUUCUCUGCGUUGGAAGCGCAGCUAUCGCAAAGCAAUGCACGGCUGAAAGAAAGUGCGCUCGAUCGCGACGCUCUUGCAAAAGACAACGAGUGGCUGAAAGCUCAGGUCGAGUCCAUGCGUCAAGAACUUGGUGAGCUUGACGAAAUCCUGAACUCCAAUUUAAAUGAAAUGCGCGAGGAAAACGAGCGCUUACAGCUGGAGGGUGAAGGACUUCAGCAAAAGGUUGCUUCACUCAACGAAAACGAUGUGCUGAAAACGAAUCUUAUAAAUACACUAGAGUCAGACGCAGCUGGCAUGGAAAGCGAACUACGCGCUCAAGCAAAGACGCUGGAGAUUACGGAAGCAGAGCUACAGGCCUCCAAAGCGCAGGUGGAAAACGUUUCCACGUCGUUGCACUUUCUCCAAAAGCGAGCCGAGGAACUGGACGCACUGAACGCGGAGCUUUUGAAAACGAACUCCUCGCUUUCGUCGCAAAUCACGGAGCUGCGGGAACGUGUUGGCAGCCAAGAUGCCAAGCUCUCCUUAGUUUUAUCCGACAAACGCAAAGAGAUUGAUGCGAUGAAGGCUAAGGUGAACGCUUAUGUGGAAAAGUCUGAAAAAGCUGAUCAGCUUCUCCUUCUGGAACGAGCGGCCAAAAAGGAAGCAGAAGGGACCAUUGUGACGACAAAGGAGCAGAACCUCAAACUCCGAGCUGCUCUGGAUGAGUUGAAGGUCCGCUGUGCUUCCGACGCCGCAUCGCUGAAAGAACUGCUUGCGGAACGGGACGACUUGAUGCGCGACCGCGACAUUAUUGUGGAGAAGUACAACAAACUGCACGACGCGUUUCGCAACGUCCGCAAAGAGGCACACGGGAAAGUUGCCAACGAACUGCGACGCGUUAUGGAGCUUGCUGAGUCUCAAGAGGCCGAAUUGCAGACGCUGCGGCAACAGAACAUAACGCUCAAGAAGAGUGUAUCCAUGUUCGUGGAGUCUGCACAGCCGAAAGCAGAGGCAAUUUUUAUGGAGCGGCUGAAUCUCACAGAAGGCCCAUUACGGCAUCCGAGGAAACGAAGCGCAGCCAAUACCUCCGAAUGA